CACAUUUCUUAUCAGCGGCCUAUUUUAGGACCCGUCUUAUUUAUACAAACAGGAUGAACAGCCUGUGUCUUUUUCUCCUCUCCUGUCACGUUUCAUCUGCAGUGAAACACUCCCUGAAAUAUUUCAUCACUGCUUCCUCUGGGAUCUCAGACUUCCCAGAAUUUGUUGGUGCGGCUUUAGUUGAUGGGGUUUUAGUGGGCUACUGCGACAGCAGCCUCAGGAGAGCUGAACCCAAACUGGACUGGAUGCAGGAGUUAAUAAAAAAAGAUCCUCAGCACUUGGAGUGGUACACGCAGAAGUGCUCUGGGAAUCAGCAGGUCUUCAGAGCCAAUAUUAAUAGUUUGAAGAAGCGCUUAAACCAAACUGCAGGUGUUCACAUUUUUCAGAGGAUGAAUGGCUGUGAAUGGGACGAUGAGACUGAUAAAAUCACAGGCUUUAAUCAGUAUGGUUAUGAUGGGGAAGACUUCAUAGCGUUGGACCUGCAGACACUAACAUGGAUUGCUCCUAAGCCACAGGCUGUCGUCACGAAACUGCAGUGGGAUACUGAAAAACCCAGAUUAGAGCACAACAAGAACUACUACAUCAACAGGUGCCCCGACUGGCUGAAGAAGUAUGUGAAAUAUGGGAGGAGCUUUCUGCAGAGAACAGUUCUUCCCUCAGUUUCUCUCCUGCAGAGGACUCCCUCCUCUCUAGUCAGCUGCCAUGCUACAGGUUUCUACCCAGAGAGAGCCAUGAUGUUCUGGCGGAGAGGUGAAGAGGAAAUUCAUGAGGGUGUGGAGCAUGGAGAGAUCCUUCCCAACCACGACGGGAGCUUCCAGAUGAGCGUUGAGCUGAAUGUUUCAUCAAUCAAGCCAGAGGACUGGAGGAGGUACGACUGUGUGUUUCAGCUCUCUGAUGUUAAGGAAGACAUCAUCACCAAACUGGACAAGACAGCGAUCCGGACAAACUGGGUUUCUCCCUCAGUGUUUCCUGUUGGUCCUGUUGUUGGAGGUGUUGGAGGAGUUUUACUCCUCCUGGCAGUCUUUGGUUUCUUCAUCUGGAGAAGAAACAACAAUGGGUUCGAGCUUACAAACACAGGGGAGCAGUGACGGUGAGAAGAACACUGAGUUUCAUCACAUUUUCCCAGAAAGGGAAAUAUUUUCAUUUGGAGA